AUGAGCCUGCAGAAGCUUCGUGAGGUACUACUGCGUCACUCGCCGCCGCGACGUGCAGGCGACACGAGGGCCGCCAACGUUAUUGUCGUUGGGAAGCGGAUGCUUGUGGACGGGUGCGACUCCAUUGUUUCACUGGCAAGCCCACGGUUAGAGGAGCGGCGACAGCGGCGUGUUGUUCUUCACGGCGUUGGGCCUGGCGAUGUCAUUCGGGCCCCGUCACGCUUCUUUGACUACAUUGUCGAGGAGCGUCGGUUGCCGGCGUCCGCGCAGUGCCGUCUAUGGCGUGGCCGAGGUGGAGGCGGGCGGGCGUGGGUGCGGCCCCGCGCCGUCGCAUGUGCUCACCACGCCGCAGCCCGCUCGUGUACCCGGUGCCCUUGGAUGGGGCUGGCGGCAGCGGCAUCGAGAGAUAUAAAAGCAGAGCAGCUCCGCCGCAUCCUCGAGUCUGCGCUGCUUUCUUCUGCACCUUCUCCCUUGGCGGAAAGUAGUCCGGUGGAGAUGGCGCGACCUCCACCACCGGUGCGUUUUCUGGAGCCCUUCGCCGUCCCCAUUGUGGCUCAUUCCAUGCGAGAGAUGGAGUUUUACUUUCAAGGGUCGUCUGACGACGAAGGGCUGCAGUCGAGUCAUAGGGAGCCUUCCCCCACGGCCACGGGGAGGUUUUGUUUUUCGCCCACCAUAACCGACGCACCGGAGUGUUUUUUGGGCACGUUGGAGCAACAGCGACUCCUGGUGGCUUUGAAUCGCUGGGCCGGGCGGCUUCCGCCACCUGUGCAAGAGUGUCUUCGCACUUUGUUUAUUUUGCAGACUUCGCAGGAAGGCGUCACGCGCACGUGGGAAUGUGGCAUGCAUGUGACGCUGCUCUUGCGCCAGGAUGCGGCAAACUUUGGUGAACAUGGCCCUUUGCGACUUCCCUCACAACCCGAGGGGAAGCUUGCGCUGGCGGAACAACAACUCGUGGAUGCGGUGCUCUCCGCACUGCCCCUGACGAAGCAUCUUGGCAUCGCCACGGUUUGUAGUGAUGGUUCCAUGUCGUGCUUGUAUCCACGUCUACGGCGCGUGGAGUUUGCGACCACGGCGAACGUGAUUGACGUGAUGGGAAUUGUGCCGUGCACCGCAGUUCAUGGGCCCUCGGGGAAAACGGUGACAGCAAAUUUGCCAUUUAUGCACAGCACAGUCGCCUCCGUCCUUGAAGCGCGGGAACUAACACGAAUUGAACUCUCGCCGUCUUCUGUUUGGCGCCACGCGAUGUCGCUAGAGGCGGUUGGCUCCGUUUUACUCUCCCUCCCUAGGGGACUUGCAGGAAGGCGGUAUUGUUUUAUUACUUCCGAGCCCAAGCUGCCCCCGAACUUGUGA